AUGGGAAGGUUGAAUACUUUCUCACUCACUUUCUUCGAUCUUCAACCUCAACGCUUUCUCAUUGAAAUUCCAGUUGAAACCCAACCCAGAUUGUUGGGCGAUAGGACGAUUCCACCUAGGCUUCGCCGACUCCGCCAGUGCCGCCACUCCUUCGGGCUACACCAAGUUCACUUUCACGGCAACAACCUCUUGGUCACCGUCACAAAGAGAGCCGCUGAGGUUGAUGAAUGGGUUAACGAGAUCCUUCACAAUUACUGUCAUGUCCUUCACAAUCUCGUCGUUGGCCUCGACAUUGAGUGGCACCCAUGCUCUGAAGGGGAACAUAACCCGGCUGCCACGCUCCAGCUUUGCGUCGGGGAAAGGUGCUUGAUUUUUCUACUUUUGCACAAGGAUUUCAUCCCCCGUUCUCUCCUUGCCUUUCUAGCUCAUCCCCGCUUCACCUUUGUUGGGGUUGGGGUUCAAGACGAUGCCGACAAGCUUCUCCGAGAUCACGGCUUGGCGGUCUCAAAUGUUGCUGAUUUGCGGCGUCUGGCUGAGAUGGUUUACGGUUCGGAAGAGUAUAGGAGGAUGGGUUUGAAGAAAAUGGCAUGGCAAAUUCUAGGGAGAGUGAUGGAGAAACCCCGGGAAGUGACGCUAAGUAACUGGGAUUCUAAAAAUUUGACUUUUCCCCAAAUUGAAUAUGGAUGCAUUGAUGCUUUUGUUUCCUUUGAAUUGGGUUUUAAUUUGUUUGCCAUGGCUUACACUCAUCACAUACAGUAGUAGUAGUUUAGUUGUUGAUAGAAGAAUGAUAGGUACAAUGAUUUUGUAAUUCUUGUGUUUAC